GAAUAACGACCAUUAUGGUGAUCAUAAUGAUGAUGAUGGUGAUAAUUGAAAUGCAAGAUUCAAUUGUCAAUGCUAAACGAUCAUCGAAUUCAACCAGAAAACGUUCAUCAUCAUCAUCAUCAUCAUCAUCAUCAUCAACAACCACUACAACAACUACUACUGCCAUUUUAGAUGAACAAAUUUUAACCACGACCACCGAUAUGGAUCCGGAUAUUAAGGAAUUAUUACGGACACGUACAAUCGUAUCGAAUCAUAAAGAUGAUGAUAAUUCAAAUGAUGAUGAUGAUGAUGGUGGCAAUGAACAUGAUGAGAAUGAAGAUAGACAAGAUUUACAAUCAUCAUCUACAACAGCAACGACGACAACGACAACAACAACAACAACGACAAUGAAACCGAAACCAUCAAGAGCAUCACCAUUUUUAACGAAUAUCAAAUUAAAUAACCGUAAUCAAUCUUUUAAUAAUAGUCAUAGUCAAUCUUCAUCAAAAUGGGCUAAUCAAUCAUUAGAAUCGGCAUUGAUUUCGGGUAGAAAUCAAUCAUCAAUCGAAUCAACAACAGCGACAACAACAUCAAUAAAUGUACCUAGAAAAUCUAAAUUUAAAUCAACAAAUGAUAAUCAACAACAACAACAACAACAACGACAAAAUAAACGUAUUGGUCAAAAUCAUAAAAAUCAACCACAAUCCACAGAAUUGGUUUCCAAAGAAAAAGUUUAUAAAACACCACCAAUGUUGAAACAAAUUCAUGAUUAUUUAAUUGUUGUUCUACUCAUAUCGGUCAUGUUUGCUAUGGGUUGUUCAAUCACCUGGGAACAGGUCUGGGGACAUGUACGAAAACCGAUUGGUGUCAUAAUUGGAAUGAUAUCACAAUUUGUAUUAUUACCAGCAUGUGCAUAUUUCCUGAUUGUUGUGUUCCAGAUUGAUCCAUUACAUGCAACAGGAUUAUUGAUAUUGGCUUGUUCACCUGGCGGUGUUACAUCCAAUGUUUUUGCAUAUUUUUGUGAAGGUGAUCUUUCUCUUAGUGUGACAAUGACUUCAUUUUCAACCGUAGUUGCAUUGGUUAUGAUGCCAUUCAAUGUAUGGCUUUAUGGUCGUAAUCUUGAAACAGAAACAUUAGUUAUUCCAUAUGGUAAAAUGACCAUAUCAUUAUUAUCAUUAACAACACCGGUUGCUAUCGGUAUGGUGGUGAAUUGGAAAUUACCGAAAAUGGCACCAAUUCUUACACAAAUUGGUUCAAUAGCUGGUUUCGGUAUCAUUAUUGUUUGUCAAACAUUGGAAGUAUUUAUUUUUCCAGAUAUAUUUAAUGAUGUUCCAGCUGUUUUAUAUGCAGCUGAAUUUUUAUUACCAAUAUUGGGUCUAGCACUUGGAUUCAUUGCUGCAACAUUAUUUCGUUUACCAUAUGCUAUAAGACGUACAAUUGCAAUCGAAGCUGGCAUUCAAAAUGUUGGCACUGCAUUGACAAUCAUUACAUUAUCGUUUCCAUUCGAGCAAUUACGAAAAGUUUGGCUAUUUCCUUUUCUAUAUGCAUUUUCAAUGUUAGCCAUUUGUUGUAUAGUGGCCGUUAUUUAUCAACUACAGAAACGUUUUACACAUAAAACAAAAUCCUUGGAUAUUAUGGAUCAUCCAAAAUUACGAAAAUUACAACAACAACAGCUUAAAUUACAGCAACAACAGCAACAGAUGCAAUUACAAUAUCAGAAUCAAAUACAACAACAACAAUUGGGACCAUAUUAUCCAUCGUCAACAGUAUCAAAUGUUGUCAAUAACAAUAUUACCGGUUAUCCUGGUGCAUAUGGUACGACUAAAGUUUGAAAUUAUUAAUAAUCAUCAAUUAAUCAAUCGAUCAAUCUAAAAUCUAACCAAAACAAUUUUGUUGACUUUCCAAUUUUAUUAUUUAUUUCCGCUUUAUACAAUGUAUAUUGUACACACACACGCACACAUAUAUACAAAUACAAAAUUGAUAAUUACAAAUCCAACCAUAUUACAAUCAUAAUGCAAUAAAAAAAAAUGCAAGUGAAAAACAUACUGAACAAA